AUGUUGCAAAAUAUCCAAACCAAACAACAAUUUUCUUCUGCUUUACAAAACAAGAAUGAUAUGAUUGUUCUUGAUUUCUUUGAUGAAUGUUCACAUUGCAGUGGCUUGAAUGACAAGUUGGAUGAAUUUUCUGAAAUGUAUGAAGAUAGAAACAUUAGAUUUUAUAAAGUGAACAUUGAAGAAGAUAGAGAAUUGGCUGAUGAUUAUAAGGUUUCUUCAAUUCCAACCACUUUGUUUUUCAAAAAGGGUAAGAUUAUUGAUAAAGUUGUUGGUCCUGAACCUAAUGAAAUUAAGAAGGUUUUAGAGAAGGAUUUACUGUCUUCAACUACUGGUACUUCAUCUCACGGAACUUCUGGUUCAACUCGUCAAACUCAAUCAUCAACUUCAUAA